CGAAUAAUUUCAGGCACCAUAUUGCUUUGGUUAUAAAAUGCAAAUUAUAUGAAUAUGUUGCAUUGAACAGUGUUGCGGCCGACAGUCGGAGCCGGGCGCGCCGCCGCGAGUCAUGAGCUCCCCCAAGCUUGGCGACCGCUGCCCCAGCGGCCUGGCCAACGCCAAGCUCACCAACGACUCAAAGGAGGAUUCCCUUGACAACUCUAUAAGGGAGUCGAUAAAGUGUGAGCGAGGCAAGGGCGAGGAGGACUGGCGACGGCGCACCAUCAUCGUCGAGAAGAAGAACGGCUCAUACGGCUUCACUCUGCAGAGCUACGGCAUACACUACAAAAAGGAAGGUGAGAUCGAGGUAAUAACAUACGUGGAGCAGGUGGAAACGCAGGGCGCGGCGGCGGCGGCGGGCAUGCGCGAAGGUGACGUCAUUCUCUCCAUCAACGGCGUCGACGUGGAGCAUGCUGACCACGCCGCCAUCGUCGACGCCAUCAACAGCUGCGACUCUAGAAUGCGCAUAGUCGUCAUCUUCGAGGACUGCGUGCGGAAGGUUGAGCUCCAUCUCAAGUACAUCAAUAUACAGAGAGCCUUGCAAGCCAAGACACGGGAACUGGAACAGCUCAACGCCAGGGAGAGACAAAUAUUCGACGCCAACUGGAAGACGCACAGUCUGCCGUCGCAAAAAAAGAAAUCGUCACCAUCGGACGUCAUCUCGGAUAGCGAGGAGAACAACGUAGCCGAAAACGGUGGAUACUGCCGGCCGACGCUGUCCAGCGAGAACGUGACGAACACCAAGCCGGCCACCGGCAGCGUGUUCAUGUACCGGUACCUAGACCCGCGGUACGGCACCUGCAUCAUCCGGCCCGACCUGCGCACCGGUAGCUUCGUUAUCACUGUGGGCUCGCCGCGCAACAGGCGCGACUGCCACCACUGCGUCAUCGAGAACUCGGGCGACACUCACCGAGCUUCCGAAGUCUACACGACCAGCAACGGAAAACACACCAAGGUCCACCGAAACAACCACAGCCACGGCUGCGGACCCUGUAUGCCACCUUACAAUAACCAGGACGCGAACAGUCUCGAGGCGUACGACUUAGCUAGCCCGUGUUGCGAUCCACAUUGUGUUCCUAACUCCAGAAAGAAGGUGAGAAGGAAAAAAGAAUGCUCGAAGGAGCACAAGAGGAAAGAAAAAUGCCAUCAAGUCGAUAAGUCGACUCAAAAGACAGAAAAUUGUGGUCACACGCACUCGAAGAAAACGUGUAACUCGGGUCAUUGCGCCGGCCGCUACCGCUAUCUGACUAGCGAGUCGACGCAGACCAGCCGGUGCAGCUUGCAGUCGUACACGGCUAGUGACGCCACCGCGCCCUGCGACAACUCCGCUUCCAGCUAUAGCACCUCGCUCAGCAGUGACACGCUCUUCUGGGACAACGACCGCUCCGAGGCCAAGGCCUCCCCCAAGAUACAGUACCAGAGCUCUCACCAGCACGUAAAGCCGAAGUCGUGGGAUAAUUUGACCACAAAAGCAUUUGGCGGCUACGGCUUCGGGUACGGCUACCUCGACACUAGCGCCAAGCACUCGGGCAGGUCUAAGAGCCACGGGCGUAGUCACAGCGGGCGCAGCACUCAGACCCACCACGAGUAUCAGCAACAAUCGCAGGAGAAGCAUCAACAGCGGCAGAGCGGCACACCGCACCACUACCCCGUGUGCAGUAGGAGCCGGAGUCACUUUCAACCGACCAAGUCCCAGGAGAGCUUGAUGGUGCCCAAGUACAAGCUUGAGAGCGGCGGGUCAGAGAGCCGGCUGGCAUGCGAGUGCGCUGACACUGGGGAGUACUACCGGCGCGCAGGACCCACCGACAGCCCCGCGGAGCCCUGCAGCACUGGAUACUAUUCGCAAAGGUUCCUCUACCCCACGCAUUCGUACAAAAAGAAAGAGUCUGCCGUCAGCUCAGAAAUAACUAGAUUAUAAGCAAUAAUUGAAACGCACAAUGCUCAAUUUAACGCCUAAAUGUUAGUUUAAAUCGUCUUAGUAUAGUGAUGGUAACGUUUUAAAUGUAAGUUAGCGGCUAGCGUCGUUAGUAUUAAAAAAGCAUAACCCCAAUAUGGAAGAUACAGAGAGAGAAAUGUUUUUGUUGUGUGAGUAGAGAGUGGAGCUAAGCAGAUCCAUGCAUGUUUAGCAACAAUUAUGUUGUUUAGAUCUACAUCUAGUUAUAGUUUAGUAUUGUUUUAAACUGAAAAAUGAUAUGAAACAUAAAACGUUGGGUAACAUUUUUAUAGAUUAAAGUUACUCGAGUCCAAAUUGAAAUGUCUGUUUUCACAACGAAGUUUUUAGUAAGCCGUCAUGUCAUUAGACAAAUAUUAUAAUGUUGUUCCGAGACACUUUGGCUGUUGAUAAUAUUUAGUAUGGACAAAUAAUUUGCUCAAUAUAAGUACUUAAAUAUACUUUUCUUUCACACUUAAUAACUAAGAAAUAGAAGCAGGGUGUGGCAUGAACACACAAAAUACGCACAAACAAAUUAGAUAGAUAACCAAUAGACUGUUGUAUUCAGCCAUUGAAAUGUACUUAUUACUUUCAGGAAAUAAAAUUAUGCUUUAAUAUUGUGUAGUGACGAGAUAAAAGUAGAUUUUAGAUGUAAUAUUGUUGAGUCUGUUCGGUGCCGUAGUCUGCGCACCGCA